UUCGGCACCAUGGUCUGGGACCAGCUUGAACCUACGCCGCCCCAUCUUUCAUACCUCCUGAUAUCUUCCUUUCUGAUUGUUUAUUGCUUAUUCGCUACCUUCGUCAGGAAUCGCCUUCACUUGUCCGAACCGCCAUUGGCACUUCUGGUCGGUAUCCUUCUGGGACCAAGAGUGCUUGGCUGGUUGAACCCGAACUACUGCACUCAACAAGGAUGUACUGGCGAUGAGAGUGCGAGGUGGGGUUGGGGAGACACCCAAAUCCAAGAGAUUUCUCGUGUCAUUCUUGGUGUUCAAGUCUUUACCGUUGGUGUCGGCUUACCAAGGUACUAUGCUUCCAAGCACUGGAAGAGCGUGGGUAUUCUACUGACGAUCGUCAUGACCUUUGGCUGGUUCGUCUGCUCGCUAUUCGCCGCGUUGAUGUUCAAGGUGGAUAUCGCUACUGCCUUGACUAUUGCCGCCUGUUUGACGCCUACCGACCCUGUUCUGUCUUCUUCGAUUCUGUCCAACAGUCAGUUCAGCGGCAGGGUACCCAAACGCAUCAAGGACAUGUUGGCUGCGGAAUCUGGUUGCAACGACGGAAUCUCAUUCCCAUUCCUCUACAUUGGACUGUAUGCGCUCAUACAUGCCGAUCCCAAAACCGCUGUCAAGGAAUACUUCCUCAUUACUAUCCUUUGGCAAUGUACCUUGGGUGUUGCUGUUGGCCUCGUCAUCGGCACUGUUUUCAACAGACUCUUGCGUUUUUCUGACAAGCGGGGCUACGUUGACCCUGCCGGCAUGAUUGUCUUCUAUCUGCUCCUCGCAAUCUUCAGCGUUGGUGUGGGCAGUAUUCUUGGCUCGGACGACUUCCUCGUAGCCUUCGGCGCGGGCUAUGGUUUCGCAAGGGACGGAUGGUUCAGCAAGAAGAUCAAAGACGCUCAUCUUCCGGAUGUGACUGACCUUUUACUCAACUCGGCCAUGUUCAUCUACCUUGGUACCAUCAUGCCCUGGGAAGCGUUCAGCGCUCGCGACAUUACUCCUUAUGUUACGCCAUUGAGACUUCUCGGGUUUUCCGCCUUGGUCCUUUGCUUCCGCCGGAUUCCCAUUAUGCUUGCAACAUACAAGAUCAAUCCCGACAUUCGCACCUUCCGCGAAGCACUCUUCUGCGGACACUUUGGACCUAUGGGUUUGGGCGCAAUCUUCCUGGCUAUCGAAGCUCGUGCGACUCUCGAGACCGGCACCAGCGAGCCAUUGCCUCAUCCGCCAAAGUUCUCACCACCUUACUCCGAUCGCGAAAAAGGAGUCGAGAUACUGUGGCCUGUGGUAUGCUUCGUCGUAAUUUGCAGUACCUUUGUUCACGGACUGAGUGUUCUCGGACUGAGUUUGGCAAGUCACUUCCGUAGAAAGGAAGGCGAGAGAGCACCCUUGCUGGCUCAAGAGACUGAUCCUCUGGACGGUAUGGAACAUGAACGUCCUGAAGAUCUGGACACAGACCAUGAAGAGGACUAG